GGUCAAAUGAAGCAGUAACUGCGCCUGCACCAACAAGCCCACCGGUUUCCCGCGACUCCCGCUGUCGCGCCUCUGUCGUCCUCUGUCGCUUCACUUAAACGCGUACACGGGGUAAUCCUGUCGCCGGAAUUCUCACCCCGUGAGAAAGCGAGGUACAUCAAAGAAGGGACUCGUCGAAGAAUGUUGAAGAAGCGAGCGUCUCGACGCGCGAGGGUGGCAGGGGGAGGUCGGGACGUGGAAGGGGAAUGUUACUAUCAUUGAACCGCUACCCAGAAUUCGACGGUGCUGCCUACAGAUGGCUAUGCGACUAGGAUACCGGAAAGGGUGAACGCAACACGGGAUGCGCGCUGAGGGAUGCGAGAGAGAGGGAAAGAGGGAUUGAGGAACGGAGAGGAGAAGCCGCGGGGUUGCGAAGUGGGAAGGUAGCAGGCAGGGUGGCUCGUGGAAAGGGCGAAAGCGGGAGGUAAAAGACGGAGGGCGCGAAGGAGAGGGCGCCGUGCGCGCGCGAGAGAGGGACGGAUACGCGGAUACAGAUCCGUCGUGUCGGUGGCCGCUGCGGCAAAUCUGCGGCUCUCCGUGGCCGAUCGUCGCGACAGAGGGAGAGAGAGAGAGAGUGUGUAUUAGAUAGAGGAGCAGAGGGAGAGAGAGAAAGACAAGAAGAGAGUGACCGAGCACAUCGGAGCACCCGGCCUGGAUUUGGGUGCCGGUGUGUCUCUCGUGAUCCAUCUCCGUAUCUUCCGAGCGCACGGUAUAUCGGAGUGCCUUCCGAGCAGCCUCCAAGGUCGUUUUGUACGGAGAUCCCGAGCAAGGGAUGAGUCGCUCCGAUGGAGCGAUCGCCGCGCGAUCGUGCCACCCUUCUUCCUACUGUCCAGCGACGCUCGAUCCGGGUACCGAUCCGAACGACUUGUGCGGGUGUUCAUCGUCGCCAAAGUCUUGCCGGUACGGAGAUUGAUUGAUCGGCGAGGAGAAGAUAGCGCUGGAGGACGUCGAUGCCAGUCGACGACCUCGCUGCUCAGGUGGGGGGUGUCCUCUCGUGAGAGAACGGCUGAACACGGACGUGCACGGCGGUGGGUACGCGUGGCGAGGACGUUGAUAACGGGCGUGUGCGUGUGCAUGUGUAUUGCAACGUCGGGAGUGUCGCAACGAUACUCGUCACGGAAGAAGGAAGGCAAAGGAGAGCGCUGCUCUGACUAUUCUCGCGGGAGUUCCAAUGCUGAGGAGAUCCAUGUCGGCGAGGGCCGCCCGUUGUGUUCGAUUUCUUUGCGCUACAUCGCGAUCGCAGCCGUCGUGGUGAGAUUCGCGAGGAGUCGCUGGACCGCUGAGGUAGAACGUAAGCGGGAGGGAGAAAGAGACAGACAGAGAGGGAGAGAGAGAGAGAAAGCUGUGCGAACGGCUGCGCGAUACGGAGUCGAUGAAAUUCCGGGAGUGAGACACAGUAUACGUUCGUCUUUAAGGUCGAAGAGAGGCUGUAAGCGGUCCCGUGAUUGGUUAAACGUAUCCGCGGGAAUUCCUUUUUUUUGUUGCUUUGCUACGUGCGUUAAUUCGAGUUUACAAGGCGACGUAACGCGAGGGCUGGCUGAUGAGAGCGCCUACGGUUGAUGGCCGUCAACCGGUGUCGCGCUCGUCAGGUCGGUCGAGGAUCGGCCAACGCCACGAGUCAGGGUGAGAUUUCGCGCGAAUGGCGCAAUUCACACCGUUAAUUCGCACCCGACGGAGCGCCGCUGCGGAGCAGCUCGAGUGCAGCCUGGUGAACCAGAACUGCCACUAGAGAGCCGCCAAUUUGACGGGAAACUUUCGCCCAACUCAAUUAGCCCGCGACCGUGCCGUGUCGUAUCGUGUUCGCGCCUCCCAACGAAAGGCGACACCGCCGGUGAAUCGCUGUUCCGGCUACUCGACACCGUGAGGGGGCCAAUCGCGGUGCCACGAACUCGUUUUCGGGUUCAUCGCGCCUCGCGAUUAAUUUAUGAUAAGUGUCGUAAGCUGCCCGUCGCGUGAGUGUCUUGUUUGUGAGUGCGCGCGUGUGUGUAUGUGUAUAGUUUGUAAGCGUGUACGUGCCUGUGUUGGUGGGUUACGUCGCGUCGAGCGGGAGGGGGUUAGCACCGUUAGCGGACUCAGCGAUUAAUAUGGCGAGACAGGCAUAUUCCGUUGAUUAAUAUGCCGACCGCGAGGAGCACCGAGGCGACAUUUAAAAUUCAUAUCGCUCACAUAAUCGAUAAUUUGUCACACGCGUUCCCUUUCUGAUUUUGUCCUCAACGGUGCAGUGGAAAUCGGCAGCUACCUCGGCGAGCUGCAUAUCAAAGGAUCACCGUUGAAUCAGCGAAUACGACUGGAGGUCGUAUUCUGGAAAAGCUGAAUUCGCCCCAAUAUUCAAAUUAAAUCGCCGCGGGAGUUAUAAAGGAGGCUAGAUUGGCUUAAGGUCCCGCGCGCACUUAUGGCGCUCGCUUAAUCAGGAUGAGACCCGAGCACCCGCUGACAAUGCCGGCGCGACGCCCGGAGGACAGGUCUGCGAAAUGAAAGCUCCUAAGAGACAAUGGAAGCGUCCGCGCGAGCAUGACGGCCUCAUUCAGUGUCGCGGACGGUACGCUUAGGCGGCUACUACCGAGACGCUCGACUUGCCAGUGAGACGGAGAAGUGUCGUCGUCGUCGUCGUCGUCGUCGUCGUCGUCGUCGUCGUCGUCGUCGUUUCGCAGCAGAGGCGGUGGUAUUGGUGGUGGUGACGGCGGUGGUGGUGGUGGUGCCAGCAUCUUGCUCUCGCCCGAGGGCAAGAAGAGGAUCAGACGGAUCAGCAGACACCGGGUACACCGAUAAAAGGACGGUGUUAUGUUAGUGACAAGGCGUCACCCUCUAGGAGGGCGCAUACUACUCGCCCUCUUUCUCCUGAUCGGGAGUUUCGCCUUGUUGUCGCGGGCGGCCGCUUUCCCGGAUUGGACCGACUGUCCUGCGGUGUGCCGAUGCAAGUGGACCUCCGGCAAAAAGUCAGCCCUGUGUCCUGACGCCGGCCUGACGUCGCUGCCGGCGUCUCUCGACCCAGACAUGCAGGUGCUCGACCUCUCCGGCAACAAGAUACCCGCGCUGCAAGCGGAGAUAUUCAAACGAGCCGGCCUGGUGAACCUACAGCGGGUGUUCUUGCGCAACGCCGGAAUCUACGAGAUUCACGCGGACUCCUUUAAGGACAUGAGGAUACUCAUCGAGAUCGACCUGUCGGACAACCAUGUGACGAGCUUGGAGCCGGACACGUUCGUCGGCAACGAGAGAUUGCGCAUCUUGAUACUCAGUGGAAACCCACUCAGCACAUUAUGCGAUAAGCAGUUCCCGGUGCUGCAACACCUGCGAAAUUUAGAGUUGCAGCGGUGCUCCUUGACCGAGAUACACGGCAACGCGUUCGCUCACCUCACCGGCUUGGAAUUUCUCAAGCUGGACGGCAACCAGCUGGAGUAUCUGGAGUCCUCAGUGAUAGCCAGUCUAUCGAAACUGAAGACUUUAACGUUGGACAGCAAUCGGUGGCGAUGCGACUGCAGGCUGCGGGGCUUCCGCACCUGGUUGAUCCCAGACGCACCCAGUAAACUAUACUCCACACCGCAGAUCUGCUCGGGCCCAACUAGAUUGGCGGGUCGUCGAUGGGAGGAUGUGAAACCCGUCGAAUUCGCUUGCGAACCUAAAGUGUUUGUUUUAGCGAGCAGCAUACAGGAAGAAACCAACGGUAAUCUCAGUUUGGCGUGUCUGGCGACCGGCGAUCCUGAGCCGGAGGUCUGGUGGCAGCUAAAUGGCGGUCCAGUGAACGCUACCAAGUCCGACCAGCCGUACACGGGUACCCUCGUGGUGUAUGCGACGUCCGAGGUCGUUGGCACAGUCACCAGCAACGACAAGUCCUUCAGGAUCGCGGAACGAUGGAGCAAUCUGACUGUGUACAACGCCAGCGACGGCGACGCCGGCGAAUACGCGUGUUUUGCGCGUAACAUCGCCGGCCUCGCUCGCGACACGGUCAGUGUGGCGAUACCCCGCGUCUACACAGCGCCAACUCUCUCCCAGAGCGACAACUGGCUGCUCUGGGUGAGCCUGGCAGGUGGCGGUGCCGCCGCGGUGUGCGCCUCCAUCUCAGCAGUGCUCUUAGCUCUCUGCCUCUGCGGUGGCAGCCGCCGACACAGUAAACGGGAGAAGGUAAAGCUGCAGGGUAGCGGCAGCUUCGGCGACCAAGAGAAGAAGCUACUAGACUUGUCUGUGACCACCACCACCACACCCGGCAACAGCAACGAUCGCGGUAGCGGACAGGGCAGUCUCGGUGAAGCAUGCAGCACUGGUGAUCUCGAAUUGGCCGAACGCGGAUCCAUCUGCGAUCCCAUGGCUGCUGCAACCGUCACCGUCGAACGGCUACGACCAGAAACUGCGGUGAACGCCAUUCGCGCGGUCCCUUGCGCCGCUGUGUUCCCACCACCUCCGCCGGAGUUCACUACUGGUGUAUUGCCAGCCGGUAUCUUCGGCAAUAUCUUCAUCUCCGUGUCGUUGCCGCAGGACUCGUCGGAACGCUGUUACCCGGACCUUCUCGACAUCCCCGUCCAUGCGGUGAGCGGCGCAGCCGCGAUUUCGGCUGGUGUCAAGACCACCGCGGCCUUGCCAGCGACCGUCAACGUGUCCAGCUUUGCCACGCUGCCUCGUCGCGCGUUACGCAGCACCGAGGUCGGCUCGCCUUACGACAAUAUGGGCCCGCGGGUCACUGCCAAUGGCAGCUCCGCGUUCUCCUUGACGGACGUGGAUCUGCGGCUGUCGCCGCCGCCACCGCCGCGAAUCAUUCAGCCGCCGCAUGAGUUCGUCUCCCUCUAGGGCGGUCUUCGUCCUAGAGCCGUUCCGCCACAUUGUCGCGCAUUGACCUCGUAAUUGGUAAUAUUCUGCUAAUAACAUCCAUCCGAUGUAUACCAGCGCACCCGGAUUAUUGUCCAUUGUCGGCCGGAUAUUAUCGGAUGACAGCAAUUAGCGCGCGAUACGACUGCGUAGGGAACGCUCAAGGACUCCUCGAAAACACGCGCGCGCGUACGCUUCGACUAGGUGGUUCGUACACGCUACUCGGUGAGGCUUCAAGGACGCGUCGAGCCGUCCUGCGUGAUGCCGAACUAGUCACGGACGUGUCACCGCAGCAUCAUGCGCGUCGCAGGAACAUCGUGAACGCCGAAAGGACCUUGUUGUAGCUUGAUAUUGAUCGCAUUCUCUCUUGACUGCCAUUCGUCAAAUCAAAAUUUCCAUAUAGCGCUCAAUCAGCAUAAAGUAGAUUGUACUGUCUCCAUUGAACAUUCGAUCGUUCACCCUCAAACCGUCGUCUGUUUGCGCGUUAAGUAUUAAAGGUGCUUUAAUAUGAAGAAGGAUUGAUGAAUAAACUCUCGGGGCAGUUUGGGAAUCUUGGAAGAUAUCACAGAGACACUAUUUUUCAAUUAUCUUUUCAAGUUUUGCAUUGUUCAUAAAGCACGAAGAAGUGGAAGAAACAAAAGGUAAUAUAAAUGGUUGAUUCGCCCCGAUUGUUCACUCACCUUUCAGAUUAUCGUGACCAAUUCUCUUGCGCAUUAAUUAAUUAUUUCAAGUACUCCAAUUUAAGAAACAAUUGAUUAUUAAGCUCCCAGGGCAACAUCAGUAUCUUAUAUCACAGAAACACUUACGGUAUCUUUCAAUUUUUGCAAAGACGCGAUAAAAAAGGAGUACGAACAUAAAACAACACGCAGUGGUUGAUUCACCUUGAGGGUUCGUUCACUUUCCAAGCUAUUGUGGCUUAUUUAUGCACUAAUUAGAGUUCAAAGUGUUCUAAUUUGAGUGGUUGACACCACAAUGGAUAGCCUUGAGGAUUUAGUUCACCCUCCAAGCUGUUGUGACCUAUUUGCGCAUUAAUUAACAGUUCAAAGUGUUGUAGUUUGAGAAACAAUCAAUGAUCGUUUCUCCAAUUGUUUGUCAAGCUUGUGAGGGAGUAUAUUGAAUCACAGAGAUAUUAGUGAUAUCUCUUAAUCACUCUUCCAACUUUCGCAUUACUCGCAAAGACGCGUAGAAAAAGGGGUAAGAACAAAAGUGGUUGAGUUAUCUUGAGGGUUUUAUUUUCCAGACCACUGUGACUUCUGUUCGCGUAUUAAGUAACAUAGUUUUUGUGCUAUUCUAAUCUGAGAAACAAUGAUUAGCCCUCAAGUCAGUUUGCGUCUUUUAAAAUACAUCACAAAGACAUUCGCGAUAUUUUCCAAUUACCCUUUAAAUUGUUGUAUUAUUUAUGCAAAGACGCGGUGAAACAGGCAGAACAAGAGAUAACACACGGCUGUUGACAUAGCUCGAAGGUUUCAUUCACCCUCCAGGCCACCGUGGCCUAUUUGCGCAUUAACUAAUAGUUCAGAGUGUCCUAAUUUGAGGAGCGAUCGAUGAUGAAACCCCGGGGGCAGUUGGAGCAUUUUGCAAAGCGUCACAUAGAUAUUCGAGAUAUUUUUAAACUGUCCCUCCAAAUUAAUCACGUGGCAAUUAAAGACGUGGCAAAGAUGGAAUAAGAACCAGAAAUAACACACGCUGAACGACGGCUCGCGCCUUGAGGGUUUCGUCACAUCCUGAAGAAGCGUCCAAACAGUCCGAAACAGGCGAAACGAUCAGCACACGUCGCCGUAUUAUACUUCCGCCGGCCACGAGGGCGCGAAUAUGUAAAUUGUCGACUAACAGCGGAACACCUCGCGAGGAGGAGAUGACAUCGUGCGAGUGUAGUCGUGAUUGGACAUUUCCCGCGGGUGCAAUCGAAAUCGGCGUCGUGGCUAGCUUCCCUUCGGCCGAUGUACCGAUCAGUCUGGCGAAUUGCAUGCGGGCAAAUUGCCGAGACGGACAAAUCGAUAUCUCGUACGCGCGCGGUAUCGCCGCCGCCGACGCCGCCGCCGUCGUCGUCGUCAUCGCCGUCGGCUGGCCGGCCGGCCGGCCGGCGUGUCACCGAGAUUAGUAUACGGAACAUUUGACCUAGCCGAUAUGGGCCAGGACUGUCCGAUCUAUUGAAUAUCUGUCUGUUCCGCUUGUCUGCCUGCCUUGCCUGCUUGUGUCCGGCCAGCUGCCGUGCGCCCAGGGCGAGCGUGUGCGUGACGGACGACGAAUGAGAGCGUGCGGGAGAAACUUUUUAGAGUACCUAAGUGUCGCGCACGAAGUCCCUCUCUAUCGGUUCGCUAGAUAAUCCGAUAGCGGGGCGUUUGUACAUAGAAACACUAUGACGAUCCGCUGAGACGACGAGCGACGGGCCUCGGCGACGGGCCUCGGUGCGAUCGUUCGCGCAUCCUCAUUAUCUUCCCAUUCAUUCUCCGAAGUGUAUCACUAGUUUGUUACGUGCUCUCUACGUGUGUACAUAUUUGUUAUUACAUUACGUCGUGUACCACGCGCGGCCAGGACGUUGCGAGCGCGCACGCCGGCGCGUCAUACAUGGGAUAUUCAUUAUGAACACUUUGUCAAUUAAAUAAAACCAUUGAAUUUUACAUA